AUGUCACUUCGCCUCCGGGAGCGAAGCAACACUCGGCUGAUCAGCGCCCGGGGGUCCUCCGCGGUGAACGAUCGGUAUUUGCGCUAUGCAGAUGUUUGUGCCUUCCAUCAUUACCCUGCUUGGCAUCCUGCUAACGAACCUGGCAACAUGGAUGAAGUGAAGCAGGUUCCCUUGAUUUGGGAGGCCUUUGCUCGGGCUGUCGCGGAAACUUUCCCGGAGAAGCCGUUGCUCAUUAUCGAGGUUUGUUUGCCUCCUGGUUCUGGAAGGUGGAGGUGUUUGCGGGAUAGACUGGGUGACUCGCCUGCACCUCUCCCAAAAGCACAAGUUGAUGACCUUCCCGCCACACACGCAAGUGGACAAGCUUUUGCUUUGCAGAGGCGCCGGCGGCCUAUAUGCUUAUCAUGGCCCCAGUGA